UUGUACCCCACUCUCCCAUUACCGCGCGUGGCAUGAUUAACUUCAAAAUUCAUCCAUCUUACAGCUAAAUGAGAUCGAGAUCUGUGCUACUCUUUCUCUCUCUAAAAUUCCUCUCCUCGUUUUAAAACUGUAUUUCACAUUAUAAACCCAUUUUCAGUCUGCGACUCUUACUCGUUUGUGACAAAAAAAUGGCGAUAGGAGGCGAGUGGCACGUCGUCGUUUUGCUGCUCCUGUGCACUGCUUUUCCUGCGGUAAGAUCCGAUGCAUCAGAUCACAAGUUCAAAGUCGGAGAUCCGGUGCCGCUGUAUGCAAACAAGGUCGGCCCAUUUCAUAACCCUAGCGAAACAUACCGUUACUUUGAUCUCCCGUUCUGUUCUCCAGGUAAUGUCAAAGAUAAAAGUGAAGCUCUUGGUGAAGUGCUAAAUGGAGACCGUUUGGUCAGUGCUCCAUACAAGCUUGAUUUUCUGGCUGACAAAGAGUCUGAAGUCAUCUGCAAAAAGCAUCUCUCAAAGGAAGAAGUUGCUGUGUUUCGAAGUGCGGUAGCAAAAGACUACUAUUUUCAAAUGUACUAUGAUGACUUGCCCAUAUGGGGUUUCCUCGGAAAGGUUGACAAGGAAGGCAAAGCUGAUCCCAGCGAGUACAAGUAUCACCUAUUUAAGCAUCUCCAUUUUGAAAUAUUUUAUAAUAAAGAUCGUGUGAUUGAGAUCAAUGCACGCACAGACCCCAAUGCUCUUGUAGAUCUUACCGACGAUAAGGAAGUUGAUGUGGAGUUCGUGUUCUCUGCCAAAUGGAAGGAAACUAACAUUGAAUUCGAUAAGAGGAUGGAGAAGUACUCUCAUUCUUCUUCUCUUCCUCGCCACUUAGAGAUCCAUUGGUUUUCAAUUAUCAAUUCGUGCGUGACUGUUCUCCUCCUCACUGGGUUCCUUGCUACGAUUUUGAUGCGUGUGCUAAAAAAUGAUUUUGUCAAAUAUGCCCAUGACGAGGAGGCAGCAGAUGACCAAGAAGAAACUGGGUGGAAAUACAUUCAUGGUGAUGUUUUCAGGUUCCCAAAGUACAAGUCUUUGUUUGCUGCUGCCCUCGGAAGUGGCACACAGCUAUUUACCCUGACGACUUUUAUAUUCUUACUUGCUCUUGUUGGUGUAUUUUAUCCUUACAACCGUGGAGCUCUUUUUACUGCGCUGGUGGUCAUAUAUGCUCUUACAUCUGGCAUUGCUGGGUAUACUGCAUCAUCUUUCUAUUGCCAGUUAGAAGGAACAAAUUGGGUCAGAAAUUUAUUACUUAGUGGAGGUCUGUUCUGUGGUCCGCUUUUUCUCACAUUCUGCUUCCUAAACACUGUUGCCAUUGCUUACCAUGCAACUGCCGCUCUCCCGUUUGGUACCAUUGUGGUGAUUUUUCUGAUAUGGGCUCUUGUGACGUCACCUUUAUUAGUGUUGGGAGGUAUUGCAGGAAAGAAUAGUAAGGCAGAGUUUCAAGCUCCAGUUCGUACCACAAAAUAUCCUAGAGAGAUUCCACCGCUACCUUGGUACCGUUCAACCGUGCCUCAGAUGGCUAUGGCCGGCUUCUUGCCAUUCAGCGCAAUCUAUAUUGAACUGUACUACAUAUUUGCCAGUGUCUGGGGUCACAGGAUUUACACCAUUUACAGUAUUUUAUUCAUUGUCUUCAUUAUUCUCCUGAUCGUCACUGCGUUUAUUACUGUGGCGUUGACAUACUUCCAACUUGCUGCUGAAGAUCAUGAAUGGUGGUGGAGGUCUUUCCUAUGUGGUGGAUCUACCGGCUUGUUUAUCUAUAGCUACUGCCUUUAUUACUACUAUGCGCGAUCGGAUAUGUCAGGCUUCAUGCAAACCUCAUUCUUCUUUGGGUACAUGGCUUGUGUAUGCUAUGCUUUCUUCCUAAUGCUCGGAGCUGUUGGUUUCCGUGCUGCUUUAUUCUUUGUGCGCCACAUAUACCGCUCGAUAAAGUGCGAAUGAGAAAUGAGAUUUAUCCAUAUUCCUGCCAAAGUCCAACAGAAGAAGAAUAUGUAGAUCGCGGGAAAAAGGCCGCGUGCUAUAUGACGCAAGUACUGAAGGAAAAUGUCUGUUAGGGUUUUACGUAUUAUGAAAGGCAUUUAUGAGUAAAAUGUAGUUUAUUUGUCGAAACUUAUAUAUCGAACGGUAGUGUAGGGUUUUUGACUAUUCACUAUAGUAGGUUGUUCAUCUUUUGAAAAGAUUUUGUAUAACAAGACAUUAAAGAGGUGAAAUAUUGUUGGCACUUGCUUCAGUUAACAAACAUCUCUGUUUAUUUUGAUCA